GAAACCUGGUGUCAAUGCCGUGCUUUUUGUCUGGCAGAUCGCAUGCGGGUCUAGACCUAACAAAUGGUUGGUGGACAAGAGACCAAGCCUCGUCCCGCGCGUGCGUGCGUGGAAUGUCAACGACGAUUAUCUUGGGAUGUGCGAUGAACGUCCGCCCAUAAGUUCAGCUAAACACUUGUCGUUGUUGUUAUUAUCGCUCGGCGGUUUGCCUGCCACAGACGAGAUACCAGAAAUUCUAAAAUGGACCGGUCACGCGAUCAUCCCGUUUGCGCACUUUGAUGGACACCCUCUCUGCCAGCGCCUUGUGCGAUCAACAGAUUUAAGUUGGGCUCGGCGCCCACCCCCGCAUGACCACCAACCUGGAUGCAUGAACAACAGCAUAGGCGCACGCAUAAUCAGCUCUGAUCCGCCACCACUCUCCCAUUGGAACCUUUUGUCUUUGACGUUAUCGUUGUUCGUCCUUUCAACGCGAACCAACAACUUCUUGCACCUCCUCUGUCGUAUUCAGAUUGACACCUUCCCGUCAGGGUCCAGCGUUUGAACAUCUCGAAUGCAUACUUGAUUGAAGAGUGGACAUACAUGCAUCGCCAUAUCAAUACAUAAAAAUCA